GAAAAAGGGGAGCCUUUUUCGGGGAUUGCUCUCGGGAGGCGCCUCACACGGUCCGCUCGGGCACAGCUGCCCGGCUGCGUGCGAGAGGCGACGGCGAGCGCGGCACGGCGGCGCGGAGGGAGCUGGCAGAAGUGAAAUCAAAUGUGGGAUUUGUAAAUUGGCAACUUUUGUCGUGCUGUAUUUCACAGACGGAAGUUAACAUGCUGUUGUUAUGAGUCCGGGGUAACAAAAGAGAGCAAGUCAAGAAAUUUUCUCAUUGUUCUUGAAGACAUUCCAGCAGCUGCAUAUCUUUUAUUCCUGAUCUUUUAUUCCUACAAAUCUCUGUGAAGACAAGUUAUGUCAACAGCUGCUUUAAUUAAUUUGGUUAGAAAUGGAGGGUAUCAAGUAAGAAGGAGAGCCCUGCUGACAUCCCGCCUCUUGCAAGACGAGAAGCGUCCGGCAGCCGCGGGCUACAGCUCCACCUCCGAACACCGGGCCUCCCGCUUCGAAGCAGACGGGAGUGGGCGACCCGCCACAUGGGACACCUUUGGCAUCUGGGACAAUCGCAUUGAUGAACCCAUCCUCCUCCCACCGAGCAUAAAGUAUGGGAAGCCAAUCCCAAAAGUCAGCCUGACCAAUGUGGGCUGCGCUAGCCAUAUUGGGAAACGGAAGGAAAACGAAGACCGGUUUGAUUACGCUCAGCUGACAGAGGACAUCCUAUACUUUGCAGUAUAUGACGGACACGGUGGGGCGGCAGCAGCUGACUUCUGUGAUAAGUAUAUGGAAAAAUACAUUAAAGAAUUUCUUACUCAGGAUGAAAACUUGGAAAAUGUUUUGAACAAAGCUUUUCUAGAAAUAAACAAAGCAUAUGAAAGCCACGCUCAUCUGUCUGCUGAUGCAACUGUGAUGAAUGCUGGGACCACUGCAACAGUGGCCCUGCUCCGGGAUGGUAUUGAGCUGGUUGUGGCAAGUGUGGGAGACAGUCGUGCACUGCUGUGUCGAAAGGGAAAAGCCAUGAAACUCACCAUUGACCAUACUCCAGAAAGGAAGGAGGAGAAGGAAAGGAUUAGGAAGUGCGGUGGCUUCGUUGCCUGGAACAGUUUGGGACAACCACAUGUGAAUGGUAGACUUGCAAUGACACGGAGCAUAGGAGAUUUGGAUCUUAAAAACAGUGGUGUGAUAGCCCAGCCAGAAACAAAACGGGUUCAGUUGCACCAUGCAGACGACAGCUUCUUGGUCCUCACCACAGACGGUAUUAACUUCAUGGUGAACAGCCAGGAGAUCUGCGACUUCAUUAACCAAUGCCAUGAUCCGGCUGAAGCGGCCAAUGUUGUUACUGAGCAGGCAAUACAAUAUGGCACUGAGGACAACAGCACCAUUGUCAUAGUGCCAUUUGGAGCAUGGGGUAAAUAUAAAAAUGGCGAGAUCAACUUCUCCUUCAGCCGCAGCUUCGCCUCCAGUGGGAGAUGGGCAUGAUGACCUGCCACAACUAUCUUUUCCUGCAAUAAUCUGGAUGCAGAGUGCUACAGGAGAACACAUCUGUCUGUUCAUAGGUUGACUCACUGUCUUGUCCAUCUCUUCUCAGUGUUACAGAAGAUGCCACUGCUCCCUUGGUGGGCAAUGCCCCAUUGUUGCUUAUGGCUGAUCACGUUUUACCACUUAUUUAUUCGAAUCAGCAUUGAGGCAGCUAUGUCUUCAUGUUUCUGGUCCCAGCAGCUCUUCACACGACUUUGUUCAUGUAGACAGGCUUCUGGGCUUUCACCCUAGGCUGGAGGUGUUGCACAUUAGUUUCAUACCAACUCUUAUUACCUAGGACCCUUAGUUAUUUAGCAGCUGUCAAAGUCUGAGACUCUGAGCCAUCCACCAGCUUCUUUGAACAGUACACAGGGGAACAAACGCAAAGCUUUCAUAGGGAGACAGAAGGUGGGUUUGGUGUCUUCCUCUGGUAUACAGCCACGCAAAACUCCUCUGUGCUUCAGGAGAAGCAGGUGAAAAGUAAAGGGGAAGUUUCGGGAAGUAAUUAGCCUGUGCUUCAGUCCUGAUGCCAGUGGCACUGGCUGUAGCCGACAUUUUUAAGACAGUGCUGCUUUGCAGGGCUUUAUGCUCUCACCGCUGUGAUUUGUGAUCCUCUGGCUCCAAGGGCACGGAGCGGGCUGGAGCCGUGCACUGUGGGAAGGGAAUAUCUCCAUUUCAUCUGAAGCCCGUGCAGUCUCUGUGGACCAUGUAGCAGCCCCCUUUCACCGUUGUUUUUGGUGUGCCAGUGCGUGACAGGAGCACGUAGGAGGGAAAUAGCUGCACAUUUUUGAAAUCCAGAGACUCUGUCAACUUGAUUUUUUUUUUAAACUAAUUUCAAAGAAUUUUCUAAUCAAGAUUCUUUGGAUGUAUAAGACAGGAAAGUUUAUUUCUUCAUAAAUACCUGAGGAUUUUCCUGCCCUCCACUGAAAGUUUUCAGUUGGUCGUGAUCUCCUGUGUAUCCUCACAGUAUACAGGGAGCUGUAAAAUGCACAAAGCAAGCAAGCUAGGGAAAGGAGAGAGCAUUUUAUUAACAUAAUUUUUGUAAGCUUUGGGUGGUGCUCAUAGUAGAUGCCAGAUACUCAGCCAGUGAGAGUGUAAUUUUGUACUUAAAGGGAGAACAUCCGUUUCCUCUUCCCUUUUUGGUGGGAGCCUGUGUCCAGUGAGGCACGAGGGUCCAGACUCUUGAGCCAGCUCAGACUGCUGCUGUGAGAGGGACCGCAGGUGACACACUGGCACGUUAGCAGCAGCUGAAUAUCUGAGCCAGCGUGCCUCUUUCGGACCUUGUUCUUCCUCCACUCCAAAUCAGGUGUGCAGCUCCCUUGGCCUCUGAGUUACCCUGUUGUAAGGAGACAUGGGUAGAGAAAAAUAGGGCUCUUCUCUGGUUUGCAACAGUAUUUUUCAUUCUGUGGAUGUUUCCACCAUGACAGUUGUAAAAACAAACCAAAAAAUAAAUGAAAUUGCCUGUACAAAGCCACCUUACAAUCAGGAAAAAUAUUUCUGAGAUGCCUGGUCCGAUUUUCAUUUUCCAGCAUGAAGUAUGUAUCUUUCUUUCUUUAGCCCUUUCCAGGCCCAGGGUUACACCUUAUGCAGUCAUUCCACGUGUUUUCUUUGCCUCUGUUUGAAGGCCUGGGAGCACCCCACAGAGCACAGUGUUGUACUGACAGCAGUAAGUACUUUGUGUAUAGAGAGUGUGCUGGUUUUGUCCCAUCACUUGGUGUAUUAUAUGGUGUAUAUAAUGUGUAUAUUGGGUUUAUAAAGUAUGAAGAGUUUGUGAAACAGUAUUUGUAAAUCUCUCUUGUACCUGAUACUAUUAUCCAGGCCUCUGUAAUGAGUGUAUCACUGGUUUACGGUUGUAAUCCCUUCUCUCUCCCCAGUUUUUCUGGGUUUGGGUUCAGUCUUCACCUGAAGCCAAAAUGCUUGUCAUGAUCCUCAGUUUGGCCUUGCUCUGAUGAGGCAAAAGGGCACUUUCAGUUGUUAACAGCCAGAGCAGGUUCUCAGCCUGCGGCAAAAGUUUGAAGAUUCCCACAACCCAUUUGUAGCAGAAGUGGCAAAACACAGCUUCUCCUGAGCACUUGAGGAGAGGUAGCAUUUAACAGAGGUUCAGAGAGCUGGUCUGGGAAUGUGGUUAUGGCCAGUUUGUGCUGCAGUGUGAACAGCUGAUAGCCUUUCUCCUAAAGAAAAAGCAACUUGCUAAAACAUGAAAGCCACUAGUCCCUAGGAAAGGGUUAACCACAGCAGGCACCAGUCUUGCUCUGGGCACAAUGAGGAAUUGCAGUCAAGCUCUGGAGAGGGAGUUGCUGUGGAGGUGGCUUUGCUAUCAAAUGUCAGACAGGCAUGAGCAGUGUCAGGAUCUGGACAAGCUCCAUGGAUGCUGUUUCCUUCCAAACGCUGCUCAUUUCUGUUCAGCCAGCAAGCCAUCUAUCAAGACAGAAGAUACCAUGGGUGCUGGGGGCAUUUCUGACUGAUAAACACAUACUGCUUUUUAAGCAUGUGUAUUUGAGCAGUACUGGAUACCUGCCAAGCUGAACACAGGCUAUUAAAUGCAGGUGGGUAAUGAGUAACACUGCAAAUGAGGAGCAGGUGCUCUGAGGAAUGUCUUGGAAUUAGAGUAGCUUCAAGGCAUUGACCUGUAUCUGAAAUGAAAUGAGAGUUUCUAUUCGAAUUGUUUUUUGGGGGCAUUUUUAUUUUAUCCCUAUUGGAUAGCCUGAUUUUACAGAGCAUGAAAGCUGUUGGUGUUCUUUUUAUUUCUUCUCAGGUCCUACUGCCUAGUUAUCCUCUCAAAGAAAGGAUUCAUCAGGAACUUCUUUUUAUUUUGAAAGGAAGGGAUAAGACAGAGCUUUGCAAAAUAGAUGAUGGUUAGGUAAGGUAUCUUUGCGGUUCCUAUUAAUGCCUUUAUAGAAUCACAGAAAAACUUAGGUUGGAAAGGACUUCUGGGUAUCAUCUAGUCUAAUCUCUGGCUCAAAGCCAGGCCAGCUUCAGAAUUAUAUGCUGUAAUAAAGAGACAUCUAAUGACAUUGAAAUACAGUGACUGAAAAUGGAUGGGAGGAAGUAAUUUGUCAUACAGAACAGUUUGCCUGAGUAACUCCUUGCCACCAGACUGCACUGAAGCCAGAAGCUUACCAGUAUUUGAAAAAGAGCAGGCACUUUGUACAGCAGCAGAUAAACUUCACAAAUAAAUUAGGCAGUACAUAUGUGUAUGUAACAGAUGCAAGCCUUUUUGCAGUAGAGCAAAAGCUAACCAAUAACUGAUGGGGGAUUAUGAAGAUGCAUUUCUUAAGUGCAGCUUAUUCCCUGUCUGUCCACUGUAGUCAUUUGCAUUUCAUUCUGAAGUAAAUAACUACUGAUGAUGAAAUGCUUUGCUAAGUUGCACAAUAAUCUGCCUGAUCCUUUUACCUGUAAAAACAGGGGUCCCUGCACACUGGUUUUUGCAGAUACUUCACUCAAUGCUGCACAUUGCAACAUCCUGCGUGCCUGCUUGGAAAACAUCCAUUUCCAUCCAUUCAGUCCGUCACUAGGGCUGUUCUCCUCCUCCUGAACUACAGUCCUGCUUUUUUCAGCAAAGACCAGAGUGAACUCCCCUAGGAUUUAAUGGCAACUGCACCAAACCUCAUUUUUCUUCAAGGAGUCAGGAAAAACCUUCAUUUUCUUUGGUGAUGGAGCUAUUAGAACAAAUUACUUUCUUUGCAUUUCCAUUUUGGGGCUGUUUUGACACUGAUUCAGUGUUGACAGAGUGGGCUUUGCUGACAAGUUUAUGCAUUGAGUGGGAUGUGGGUUUAUAGCACUGAACUUCGAGUGCACUGAAUAUGAAGAUAGAGGGUUAAAGCCAUGUCAGGGGGCACAGACAUGGUUUGUUGUAAUGGUACCAGGGAAUCAAGUAAGCAGUGCCUUGUUAGUGUCCAGCCAGCAAACCACUUUGGUGUGGGGUUCCCCGCCAGAGCUAGGUACUGCUGUGAUGAAGCUGUGUUGUAGCUUUUUCAAUCUAGUCCGUAAGCCUCCUGCUUCCUAUAGCAGCUCCUCAGGCAACCAGCUUUAAGCCCCAGGGACCAGCAAAAAUUCUCUUGCCUAGUAGAGAGAUCCUUUUAAACUGAGGAACAAAAGCCAAUUGUCUUUAUAAUGACAGUUGCCUACUAGAGGGGUUUUAUUUUUGCAAGACCACUAUAUAGGUCUUCAAUUUUGAAUCAAAUUAAAUAGAAUUUUAGUUCACUCUCUAGCUCCCUGUCUUUCAUGUGCAUCUGUUGUAUCAAUGAAAAGAAUUUUUUUUAUUACAGAUCAACCUGAACAUUAAGGGUGACCUGCUGAGCAAACAGUAAUAAGUGUUUACUUUUUCCUACCUUUUUAGGGCUAGAUUCUGAACUCCAUCAGAUCUGGUGAGAAGUAUUUUCUUUCCUGAACACUCCCCCUGGAGCAGUGGCAUCUCUCAUUACAGGCACUGCAGAAGGGUGGCCUGGGGGCCCAGAAAGGCAAAAAAUGUUGUCCAGCUAGUUAUUCACUUUCAUUAUGAGGAUUUGGAAAGCAUGGAUGGCCUCAUAUUUCUGGAGGAUUUACUAGGAGAGGUGCUGAGAUUGUAAACGGAGUUCCAGCUUGCCUUCUCCUCCAUUGGGAAAGUUGGGUUUCAGGCAUUGUAGAGGAAACGUGGUAGAAACUUUGCAGCCCUGAGUUAGGAGAGGUGGUGUCUCAGGAUGGUGUACAACCACAGUGCAAAAUACCGAAAGGGGGGUGAGGGGUAGUUUGUUUUAUACAGCACUUAUAACCAGUCCCUUUUGGUCUGAAAAAGCCUCUGUGAAUAAUCGCGGAGCACAGUCUGUGGCUGAGAACAGGUGUGGAGGAAAAGCAGCAAUAUUACUGCUUGUUACAUACGUGGGGAAAUGAAAAUUGGUAGGAGCUUAGACUCACCGCAGGACUUCCACUGACUGUUACAGGAUCAGGCUAUCAGGUCACCCUUUCUGUCUCAGCAGGCAGAUGUGCUGUGGUCCAAAGCCUUGGGGUUUCUAGCCGAGGGAGAAGCAGGAAACAACAGACACCAGUGAAACUGAUUUAAUAUUAAUUCUUGUUAUAUAAAAUCAUUUGGGGACUGUUAGGUCCACUGGUCACUUACCACACAAGCCAGAUGUAUCGUAUUGCAAAUGUCUUGGUUCUGAAGCUGCUGUUCUCAAUGCAGAGAUUCCCAGUGGGGUUUCCUCUUUACUCAGGAUAUCGAGUACUUGGGCAGCUCUGCAUGUCAUAACUUUAUACAGACUAAAGUGCAAUUGUGUGCAUUCAUUACAUAGUUUGCCUUAGGACUAUGUGGAAUUUCUGUGGUUUGAGGUUUAUGUUUGGUAUAAUCAGUGUUCAUAAUUCACCUACUACUUAAUUUUACAAAAGUAUCCAUUUUGCUUUCUUUUUUUUUAAUGUUUAUUUGACUUGGUGAUCUUAAACCUACAGUGGAGCAGAUAAGGCUGUGCUGGAACGCUUAAAAGUUCUUUUAAUAAAGAUUUGGCUUCCA